GCUCUUCUUACACGCCUGUCCGCAGGACGGCGCGGCGAGCCACUAUUGGGGGACUACUUUGUGCUGAGUAGGCGAGUGCAGUGCGUAUUGCGACCAGCUCCAGCGAGAGAAAUGAACACCGCGGUGGUUAUCGCGGCGCUAUGAACCGUAAAUCCGAUGACUUGUCGUCGCUCGUGAGUGAAUAGGAAUCGAUUAGAUCGGCCGGGAUGGAGGCCAGCGCGUCCAGGAACGAAUCUGUGAUCGCACCAGAGUUGUACUUUCUGAUCGCGAAGUUUCUGGCGUCGGGGCCCUGCCACGAAGCCGCGAGGGUGCUGAAAGAAGAAUUGCAGACUGCUAAGGUAUUGCCGCCGCGACUCGACUGGAAGGGAAGGGAGUUUAGCCAGCCGUUCGAAGAAUUGGAGAGAAAAUAUCCUCACAUUGCGCCAAAUCAUUUGCUGCAAAUAUGUGCGAGGAUUGGACCAGUGUUAGAGAAAGAAGUGGCACCAUGUAUUCCUGGAGCAAUAUCGCUCUUGGGAGCAGGCAGGCAGUCGUUGCUGCGUACUUGCGAAGAUCUUACGCGCCAAAAACGCAGCAUCUUCGAUUAUUCCGGAAGGUUCGGUGGAAAAUCCUUCCUGGGAGUACCUUCCAACUACACUGUGCAUAAUAUAGUACGUGUACUUCAGGGACGUGAGAACUCUGGCCCUUUAAGUCGAAGAGAGGCAGUACCAACAAAGUUUUAUAGCAAGAUGCAACAGUACCGACACACGUUGGGUCAUUUAUCUGCGGUAUACUGCGUGCUAUUUGAUCGCACUGGCAAGUAUAUUAUAACCGGAGCGGAUGACUUGCUCGUCAAAGUGUGGAGUGCCAUCGAUGGACGUUUACUCGCCACUUUUCGAGGCGCGUCCUCAGAAAUUAUGGACAUCGCUGUGAACUUCGAUAAUUCUUUGCUAGCAGCUGGAAGCAUAGAUCGAGUAUUACGAGUCUGGUGUUUCCAGACGAUGUCGCCUGUGGCAGUUUUGACUGGACAUUCAGGCAUGAUCACAUCCGUCAAUUUUUGUCCAAUAGCGUGUAAUGAUAUUUACUAUUUGGUCUCUACUAGUACUGAUGGAUCUGUAGCCUUUUGGUCUCACACAAAGAAACACAACGAGAGAGCUGUGUUUCAAGCAAAACCUAUUCAGUUCCUCGAGAGAAUGAGACCUGGUCAAGCACAAAUGAUUUGUGCCUCUUUCAGUCCUGGAGGUGCCUUUAUAGCAGCUGGAUCUGCGGAUCAUCAUGUGAGAGUUUAUGCGAUGUUAGGGGACGAAGGGCCGCGCAGAGUCCUCGAAGUCGAGUCUCACACCGAUACUGUGGAUAGUAUUCAGUGGGCGCACUACGGUUUAAAAUUCAUUUCUGGUUCUAAAGACGGUACCGCGAACGUGUGGCAUUUCGAGCGACAGCAAUGGAUGCACAAACAGCUGCUUAUGACAACAAAGCUCCUUGGAGAACCGGAAGCGGAUGACGACACGAACAAGAAAGCGAAGGUGACCAUGGUUUGUUGGGACGUGAGUGACGAAUUCGUUAUAACAGCCGUGAACGAUUAUUCGCUGAAAGUGUGGAUUGCAAAAUCGGGCGCACUGAUAAGAGUUUUGCGUGGACACAAAGAUGAGGUGUUUGUGAUGGAGUCGCACCCGAUUGAUCCUCGAGUGAUACUCAGCGCUGGUCACGACGGACAGCUUAUUAUCUGGGAUGUGCUGAAUACGGAACCGAUAGCGUGUUUCCAAAAUUUCGUUGAAGGCCAGGGUAAUUGUGCUGUCUUCGACGCGAAAUGGUCGCCGGAUGGUACUAUGCUUGUCGCGACAGAUUCCAACGGACAUCUUUUGAUCUACGGAUUUGGAUCUGGCGUUGAGAAAUUAAAAAUUAUACCGAAAGAGUUAUUCUUUCAUACGGAUUACCGACCUUUAUUGAGAGACUUAAAUAAUUGCGUUCUCGACGAGCAAACGCAAAUAGCACCGCAUUUGAUGCCACCGCCAUUUUUGGUUGACGUGGACGGAAAUCCGUAUCCACCGCUGCUGCAAAGAUUAGUGCCGGGAAGAGAAAAUUGCAGGGGGGAGCAAUUGGUGCCGAAUAUUGCAGUUGGUGCUGGUGGAAUGCAAGAAGUUAUAGAAGGUCUUCCAGAGCAAGAAGCGCCAAGAUCGAACAUCGAUCAACUGAUCGAAGCUCUUGCUCAGAGACAAAACAUCAAUGCGGAAGGUGAAGUUGUUGGCGAAGAGAGGGGGGAGAAUAGUAUUGCCGAGCAACCGAUCCGACAAUUGGCGAGUCCUCGUGGCAGCAGAGCUGGCUUGAGAAGAGAAGGUAACGUCGAGGGCGUGCGACAAAGUAGCGGCAAUUGGCAAAGGGAUAGCAACACGCCGUGGAACAAACCUAUUCUCGCGCGCCCCAUGAAUGAAGCCAUCAGAGAGACCCAAUGUAGAGCGGUCUACGCGAUGGCCGACAUGGAGUUGGAAUGCUGGCGACGAGAAAUGCGACGGCGACCACAGCCUACGAGCACUGCCGAUCAAGGCAAUACGAAGAGUAAACUCGUAAAUCGCAGACGCAACCGAACUAUUAGACACAACUACAGAACAAGAGCAGCGCGCGACGAGGAACAAGAGAACGAAGAAUUUGAGAAUGAGCACGCCACGUCAGCGAGUUCAGCCAGCAGCAACAGCAACGAUUCCACUGCUCACGAGGAAGAUAUGUGUUCUGACAGCAGUACUACAGACUCGAGCACCGAGUAUUCAGAUUGGAUCGCGGAUCACGGAUUGAAUUUAGAACCGCCCAAGCGUAGCAAACGUAAACCCGUGAAAAAGCGAUCGAUUACACCGCCCAGUGAUUCAGACAGAAGACGUCCUAGUAGGCGUCCUAAGAAAAAAGUAAAUGAAAUACAAAUACUUAAUGGAAUCCGUGAUGUUCCCGAGCUUUAUCGGCCCCUGGAAUGGCUUACGGAAGUAAUACCGAGAAAAGCUCCUUAUUAUCCGCAGAUGGGCGAUGAAAUUGUGUAUUUUAGACAAGGUCAUAAAUUCUAUUUAGAUGCAAUCAGGAAUAAAAAGAUUUACGAACUUAAUCUGCGGUGUGAGCCAUGGACCAAGAUAAAUCUUAGAGCACAAGAGUUUGUAAAAGUAGUGGGUAUUAAAUACGAAAUACGACCGCCUCGUUUGUGCUGCUUGAAAUUAGCACUGAUGGACGAGAACGGUCGGCUGAGCGGGCAGAAUUUCACUAUCAAGUAUCAUGAUAUGGCCGAUGUGUUGGAUUUCCUGGUCCUACGUCAGACCUUCGAUUCAGCGUUGGCGCGAAGUUGGUCCGAGGGCGACAAAUUUCGUUGCAUGAUCGACGACGGUUGGUGGAUGGGGCAAAUUGUCGGAAUGGAACCGCUGGACGAGGAAUUUUCAGAUUCACUGUUCAUGUGCUUUCGCGUUCGAUGGGACAAUGGAGAAUACGAGAAGAUGAGUCCUUGGGAUCUUGAGCCCGUUGACGAAGAGAGACAUCCCGUAGAAAUCGGCGGCGCCGUUCCUGUGCUGCCGGAGGAGAGACAAGCGAUACUGUAUCAGCCUCAUGCGGAAGAGUGGCCCAUGGGCGACAGAGAAGCGACUUGUCGCCGAAUCAUACGAGGCCUGGAUCAGGUGAUGAGCCUCGCGAUCGCUGAACCGUUCGUGGCGCCGGUGGAUCUCAGUCUUUAUCCCUCUUACGCUUACAUUGUGGAGUAUCCAAUCGACUUGUCGACCAUAAAAGCUCGCUUUGAUAAUCAUUUCUACAGAAGAAUCACGUCGGCGCAAUUCGACGUGAGGUAUUUGGCGACGAACGCCGAGCAAUUCAACGAGCCGCACAGUCAUAUUGUGAAAAAGGCGCGAAUAGUCACUGACUUGUGCUUGCGUAUAAUUAAUCUUUCUUACACUAGAGAAACCACCGACGUGGAUGUUCCGGCGAUAUACCAUCAACUGAACGAUACGUAUCACUCCUCCGAGUCGGAAAUAGACAUAGAGGAUAGGCCGUCGACGAGUAAACAGAAAUCCACGUCGAGUAGAAAUUUACGUUCCCAAGAAGUCUCGCAAGACUGGAAGCUAGCGAGUCGUCAAUUACUGGAGACCCUGUGGCAGUGCGAAGAUUCGAUUCCUUUCCGAGAGCCGGUCGACAGAUUGGAGCACCCGGAAUAUUAUCAGAUAAUCGACACACCGAUGGAUUUGCGCACUGUCAAGGAAGAUUUGUUAGGUGGCAAUUAUGAGACGCCAACGGAAUUCGCCAAAGACAUGAGAUUGAUAUUUUCGAAUAGUAGGAAUUUUAAUACGAACAAGCGUUCAAAGAUAUAUUCGAUGACAAUAAGACUGUCGGCCUUGUUCGAGGAGCAUAUACGUAGGAUACUGUCAAAUUUUAAUUCGGCUCGCAGACGUAAAAGUACUAAAGCGAAUCCGAAAGCGAAAGCGAAAGGGAAAGGAAAAGGGAAGCAAAAGAGGAAACACAAGUUAAGCAACGGUACAGGACCUUCCAAGUCGAAAUCAGUCCCUAGCGACGAUGAUGACAUGAAUAGCGAAGACGACGACGACGAAGAGUCUGGUAAAAAAUACAAACAGAACAAUUCUGACAUAGAUGCACCUGGCCCGUCUGGAUUAACAAACGGUCACACGAAACGGUCUAGCUUGGGCUCGACUCGGAGCCCGUUGAAGCUACGGAUCUGCCGGACGACCGUGUCGAAGAAGAUGAAGAUGAAGGAUAGUGAUAGUGAAGACAGUGAAUCUGAUUCAAUAUCGGACGUCGAGAGUAGUGACAGUGCUCCUGUCCGAAGAACUAGAGCGCGCACAGUGGCGUCCAAUGUUAGUGCCGAUACCGAUUCCGGGGACGAUUACACACCCGGCGGUCGCAGCAAGCAGGUUCGCAAGAAUCGCGGAAAGAAUAUUAAGAACGGUGCAAAUCACAAGAAACAGUCCAAACCCAAAGUGAAACCGAAUGUCAUCGAGGAGGACGACGACGAUGACGACGAUGAGUAUGUUACGGAGGACAAAGCGAACGAGGAAGACGAGGAGGAGCAGUUUGUCGCGCCGGAGUCCACGGAGGAGGAAAGUGAAGUCGAAAUGUUUAUAAAGAGGGAUACUAGAUCGCGAAAGCUAGUGACCGAGAGUGAGGAAAACCAAAAGUACACAGUUAAGAAUGGAAAGAACGAUAACAGCGAGAGCGAAGAGGAAAAGGAGGACGAGGAGCAGGGCGAGGAGCAGGAUGAGGAGCAGGACGAGGAGCAGGACGAGGAGCAGGAGGAGGACGACGAGGAGGAGGAGAAGGUGGAACAGGAGCAAUCGCGGCAUAAAGCUAACAAUCAGGACUCGGAGGACAGUGACUAUUCGUACAAAGGGUGCAAGUCGCGCCCGAGACGACGGAACCAGCGCGCUUCCGUGGACUCGGAGAACACGAGGCAAUACAGCAGCAGCAGGCGGUUUGUAGGUAAGAAGCGUCCCUGCUACAACGAGGAGAGUGACGAUAGUACCACGAUGCCGCAGAGAAAUCGGCGUAAGAUCAAGCGUCGUUCGUACGCCGAGGAGAGCGACGAGAGCAUGCCGGAGCCGGAACCGGAACCCGGCAUUAGUAUAAGUAGCAGGGGUCGCAUACGUAAAAUGACGCCGCGCGCCCGCGCCUAUCUUCUAGAAUCACCUUAACGGUAUCUCUUAUGCUAGUAAAUGCCACGUGUACAUUAAAAAAGAUCGUAGAGAUUCUGAAAGUGAUAUCACGCGUUUUGGAAAUUGAAUUCAGCUAAAUAAAUAUGGAAGUUCUACAUUGCAGAAAAGUAAAUUUUGAACAGUGAAUAAUCUUUUUAUCAUUUAUGAUUUAUCAAAAACGAGUGUCCUUUUAUUAUUAUUUUUUUUUUUUUUUUUGAAAAAUUAAAAGAAACGUUAAGUUUUACGUGAGAUCUUCAAUUUUCUAUCGUUUAAAAUAUCGAUUGUGUAUCUUCAAUUACACAUUGAAAAAUGAUAAAUCAAGAAGGAGAAGAUAAACAAUUUGGGAAAUAUCCAUUUUAUUACAUUUCUUCCCUUUAAUUUCCUAUUCAUUUUAAAAUAAAUGGUGUGAUACAGCUUUCAGAAUCCUACUAAUUUUUUUGUAGAAAAAGAAUAGGACACUCUCUUGUUUGAAGCGAAUGUCCUUUUCUUUUUUUAUUAUAUUUGUCUGUCAAAUGAUACAUUAGAAUAAUAAUUCAAGCGGAAACAGUGUAGUACAAGCGGAAAUGGAACACAAUACUUUCAGUAUUUCAACGAUUUUAUUUUGCACACUCAAUUAAAUUCGUAAUAAUAGACAGAUUCAUAUAAAGUUUCACUCACUCUAAAGAAAGUUAUAUGAAAAAAAUUCUAUAUAAUCGUAUUGUUAUGCAGGAAUAAUAAUUAUCUUGUUAUCCAUUUUGAAAGUAUGAAAGCACGAGUGAGAUGUUCACGAAAGUAUACAAGUUCGGCACUUAGUUGUGCAGUUGCUUCCAUUGAUUUCAACAGUUCAGUUGACAAAUGAAAUAUUUUCAUGCUACGUUCCAUAGAAAAGAAUCGUUAUAAAAUCAUGUUAUUAAAAUAUUUUUACUCUUGUGAAAGAAAUAGAACCAAGUUAAACAAUGCAUGUGAUGCAGAGUGUUGCAUCACUUGUAAAAUUUAUUAUCCAGUUAUUAUUUUAACAGGUCUUCUCUUCGCAUUAUCAUUGUAACAGUUGUUGAGAUUAAUAUCUAAUAAUUGUAAAAAGCUUUAUUACUUUUUUAAAGAUUUUGUGUCGCGAACAUCAAUGUUUAUUUUAUCGACGAAAAAUUCUCCAAGAAGAUGUGAGCUAUAUGUGUAUUAGUAAUGAGGUGUUGAUUUUCAGUUUCUGCGCAUUGUCCGGAUAGGAUUUAUAUAAUUCUGUGUAAAUGAUUAUUGUAAAAUAUACACCGAUUACCUCCUUAAACAGCGGACUAAUUAUGUUUUUUUUAAUUUUUUUUUUUAAUUUAUAUUAAAUAAUUUGACAUUUGCACAACAGUGACAAUAAUUUGUAAUUAGUAUGCAAAGAAUCCAUAUUAUUCCAUUGAAUAACAAAAAAUCAGGAACAAAACAUCUUUAUUGUCUUUAUUAUUCUCUUUUUUUUUUUCUUUUCUUCCUUCUUUGCUCUUUCAGCUGUCUAUCGCGAGCACUGUUUUCGCUUCUCACAACUUUACUUAAGCUUACGACACAUCACAUUAUGAAAAAGAGUAAGUUUUGAGUCUAUAAAAAUAUCUAUAAUGAAUAACUUGUGUAUAUGAUCCCUCGUGCGCGCGCGGAAUAACGAUUUUUUUACAUAGAGUUUGUAUAUUUGUUACGAAUAUAAGGGAACUAUGGUCAUGCAAUUUUAAAGUUUUUCACGAAGGCAGAUAGACGUUUUUCACGUUUAUAUAACGCGAAAUUGAACCGAUUACGCGUUACGUAGCUGUGUAAAUGAUCAUCAGAAGACAGUAUGGUGCGAGCACAAAUGUAUGCACGAACAUCAUAAGUCUCUCUCAACUGUCUCGAGCCAAUGUGAUAUUAGUUUAAGAAACAUUAAAUAUAUAUUAUAAUGUAUAAAUUACCAAUAAUUAGAAUUAUAAUAGAUAUUUUUUUAAUGACUUAAAUAAGAGCGUCAUAUCACAUAUGGACUUGAUAAUAUAUCCAGCCUUCGAUUAAUGUUAAUUUAACGAUAUUAACUUUUGGUCUCACUCUAUUAUAAUCGUAUAAUUUUGCAUAUAUCGACAUCGUAUAUAUAUUUCAUAAGGAAAACCUGCAGAAAUAAUAUAAUUUCGUACAUAUAAACUCUGCCGAAUAUACAUAGGACUUGAUACAGAGUUCUGUUUUAUGUACAGUUUUUAACAUUUAUUCUGUUAUGAAAUCAGCGUACUCUGUUGCAUAUUGUACGGUUUUGUGAAACCCACCGCCAUCAAUUAAAAAAAAUAAAUAAAUUGUUUUACAUAUA